UUUAGGUGGAUAUAAAUGCAUGUGUUGGGCCGGUUGGCGUAUUCAUCACGAACCGUAUCGAGCGCCUCGCUUUCGUUUUCUCGGCUUCCACAUAGAUCCUGCAAAGUACCUAGUGAUCAUUUUCCCGGAAAAUUCAGAUUUCGCGAGAAAGAGAGAAAAGGGAAGAGGAGGUAAGUUAGUUUGGGUGAGAGCAAUGUCGACGGAUCAGUUUCCACGACAGAAACAAGAGACACAACCAGGCAAAGAACAUGUCAUGGACCCUAUCCCCAAGUUCGCUAGCUCCGAUUACAAACCUUCCAACAAGUUUCGUGGGAAAGUGGCGUUGAUCGCCGGCGGAGAUUCCGGCAUCGGCCGGGCGGUCUGUCACUGCUUCGCCCUGGAAGGCGCCACCGUGGCAUUCACGUACGUGAAAGGCCAGGAGGAGAAAGACGCACAAGAUACUCUACAGAUGUUGAAGGAGGCGAAAACCGACGAGGCCAAGGACCCGAUAUCGAUUGCGACGGAUUUAGGGUUUGACGAGAAUUGCAAGAGGGUGGUGGACGAGGUGGUGAAUGCGUACGGACGGAUCGACGUCCUGAUAAACAACGCGGCCGAGCAGUACGAGAGUAGCACCAUCGAGGAGAUCGAUGAGCCGAGGCUCGAGCGUGUUUUCCGCACCAACAUCUUCUCAUACUUCUUCCUCACCAGGCAUGCAUUGAAGCACAUGAAAGAAGGGAGCAGCAUAAUCAACACGACGUCGGUGAACGCGUACAAGGGCAAUGCUUCGCUUCUGGACUACACGGCCACGAAGGGAGCGAUCGUGGCAUUUACCCGAGGCCUCGCCCUUCAGCUCGCCCAGAAAGGUAUCCGCGUCAAUGGCGUCGCCCCUGGACCCAUAUGGACUCCGCUCAUCCCGGCCUCUUUCCACGAGGAGAAGACUCAGAAGUUCGGAGAAGAAGUCCCAAUGAAGCGAGCCGGCCAGCCCAUCGAGGUCGCGCCCUCGUACGUUUUCUUGGCUUGCAAUCACUGCUCGUCUUACUUCACCGGCCAAGUCCUCCACCCCAAUGGAGGCGCAAUCGUGAACGCGUAAAGACCGAUACAUGCGAUCUAAAGACAGUAACGUGUCGAUCUUAGUUGAAAUGUAAGAACGUGUGAAGUUGUAAUAAAAUGUGUUUGGGACUUAUGUUA